UUUGAAAAUACCCCAACCCAACCCCACCACUAAUGAGGUAAGACUGGAUAUUAUAUGCACGAUUAAGUUUAGGGAAACACGGUUGGGAAACGGUGAUGAUUCUUGAUAUUUAGGUGUUAUCUCAGCAGAAACCAACAACCGGGUCUUCCCCCACAGGAACCGUUUUCAGCCCCCACAACAGUUACAAACCGAUCUUCCAAGCUCCUUCCUCAUUUGGUCUUUCUCUCUUAAAUUCACAAAAAAAACCCCAUCUUUUUUUUUAUCUCUCUCUAUCUCUAUCUCCGCCUAGUGUAUGCGUAUGUAUGACGAAUUCUUAAACCAAGACAACGACGACUAAGUCAGAAAAGAAAAAGAAAAAAGAAAAAAAAAAAAACUAAAGAGAUAAGAUAUGGGAUUGCUAAUUAGGUCCAUUGAUUUCCCUUCUUCUUCUCUUUUCCUCCACCUUGUUGUUGCUGCUGCUUUAAGGGUUUUGUCAGGUAAUAAUUCUCUGUUGAAUAAGUUUAGGGUCUGUUUGUAAAGAUUAAGUCUUUUUUUGUCAUUAGCAAUUGUGUCAAUUCCUAGUUCAGAAUUUGUGAGUUAGUAAAACUUGUGCACCCCAAGAAAAGAGAAGAUUAUAUUUUGGUACUGUACUGUCGAUGGAGAAUCAUCACCCUUCGACCCGUUUGUCCAUGGAUUCGAGUGCCUCUUCUUCACAUGAUGAAUUAGACCUCGAGAUGAAUCGACAAGUAGUCAUAACUUGUCCCCCUGACAUUAAUUUGCCUUUGUCAGUUGAGCGUAGCCCUCCUCCGCAGCCAUGGAUUAACUCGGAACACUGUGAUAUUCUUGAUGUUGGGCUUGGAACCCAAGUAUACGAGACUGAAACUGCUCUUGCCGCACCUAAAGUUGGAAGGAAAUGUGCGAAACGCUUGGAUAGCAUUUGGGGAGCUUGGGUUUUCUUUAGCUUUUAUUUUAAGCCCGUGCUAAAAGAGAACUCCAAGGCAAAGAUGGUACGGGAUAGUAAUGGAUAUUCCGGGUUUGAUAAGUCGGAUCUCAAUCUUGAUGUAUUCAAGGUUCAGCAUGACAUGGAGAAUUUAUAUAUGUGGGUUUUCAAGGAAAGGCCCGAGAGUGCACUGGGUAAGAUGCAGCUCCGGAGUUACAUGAAUGGGCAUUCUCGUCAAGGGGAGCGUCCGUUUCCGUUCAGUGCCGACAAGGGUUUCGUUCGAUCUCAUAGAAUGCAGAGGAAGCACUACAGGGGCCUAUCAAAUCCUCAGUGUAUACACGGGAUUGAGGUCGUUCGGUCUCCCAGUCUCAUGGUUCUUGAUGAGGAAGAGCGCAAAAGAUGGAUGGAACUCACAGGUAAGGAACUCAACUUCAGUAUUCCAGACGAAGCGAGCGAUUACAGUUCAUGGAGAAACCUCCCCAACACGGAAUUUGAGCUUGAACGACCACUCCCGUCGAUCAAGAGUAAUUCGCAUUCCAAUCCGAAGAAACUGGCAAAUGGAUCAGGGCUUAAUUUGUUAACUCAGCCAUCCAGUCACAGCAACGGGGACGCAAUGGAUCUACUACCUGCCAAUGGCAGCAAAAGGAAAAAGGAUUUCUUCCCUCACGGAAAUAAUGAAGACGAGUGUUAUCUGCAAGUAAAUCCUCCUUCCUAUCAAACUCCUGAUCUUGAAGUUCACCCAACUGAACCGCAGUGGUUACAUGACUUCAGUGGGGUGAUGAGGGAUGUGUACGGGCCUGUCACAGCUGCAAAAAGCAUAUAUGAAGAUGAACAAGGUUUCUUAAUCGUACUCAGCUUGCCAUUUGUAGAUCUUCAAAGGGUGAAAGUUUCCUGGCGAAACACGCUCACACACGGGAUAAUAAAGGUGUCUUGUUUAAGCACAUCUCGGAUGCCAUUCAUCAACAGACAGAACAGAACUUUCAAGCUUGACGAUUCAUCCUCAGAACACUGCCCUCCAGGGGAGUUUGUCAGGGAAAUUCCUCUCUCAACCAGAAUUCCGGAAGAUGCUAAAAUUGAAGCGUAUUAUGAUGAAUCGGGAACUGUGCUCGAGAUGUUGGUGCCAAAACUUUGUGAAGGGCCUGAAGAACAUGAAGUUCGUGUUUGCCUCCGUCCUCACCUUGGGGGAAACGACCUCAUGUUGACCUAAAGAAGUGGAGAUGGAACGUAAUGUUGGCUGUUAGGGAGGGUGCUUCAUUAUGCACCAACUUAGUUUUCAUAUAAUGUGGUCUUAUGCAACUGUAUGAUGUUAUAUUCGAUUUGCAUGCACUAGGUGUUGUUGGUAGGUUUUCUAGACUAGCUUUAGCUUCUGUUGCAACACUAUUUGCUUUGAAAUUUGAUGCCUGUUUUUUAAGUAGAUAGUAGGAGUAAUUGAUAUUUUGGUAGGUUCUAGAGUUGCUUGAAACUCGAUGCCAGUUUACCACUCUUAUGAAAGGUUGAAAGAGGAACAGGACAUUAUGUUGUGUUA